AUGAACUGGGACAGCUUGAGAAAGCAGGCAAUGUCUAUUGACACUUCAUCAUCUUGCCUUCCGUGUGGACACAAAUGUUGGGAGGAUAGCAGUGAGACCGGGACUGUGCAAGUUGAUCAAUUGACAUUAUAUGAGCUACACUACCAGAUGAUUACAUUUGGAAAGUGCUUUUGCAAGUGCAAGGCUUGCCCUACCAGAAAUGUGAACCGAUUAUUGAAGAUCAAACAACACCUCAGCCAGAAGCCACAAAACUAUUGGGCUAAAAUCGGGGAUUUUAGAAUCACCAAAGGGCACGCAAGCAGUCCAGGUGGCACAUGUUGUGGCAACUCCUGUGCCACCACCCAUGGCAGUUCCGGCUUCAGCUGCAGGUAUCACAUCAAAUGGUGCCUAUGUUGGGAUAGCUCCACCAGGAGAGGUUGGAUCAUGAAAAAGAGAAUGCAAGAUCUUGAUGACCGGAUCUUAAAGCAACAGCAAGAAGAGGAGGAAAAGAAGCGUCAAAGGCGAGAAAGGAAAAAAGAACAGAAGAAAGAGAAGGCAGUAGAGGAGGAAAUCGAGGUGGACCCUGAUGUUGCAGCUAUGAUGGGAUUUGGAGACAAGCUACAUACACAACUGCUAGACUUGGUACAGUCAGAGAUUCGUCCUGCACCUAACAUGGACACCCUAGUGAAAAUUUACAAGAGCAUGGAAGUUUCUUCUCGAGUCAACAUACUUAUCACUCAAACAGAACCUCAAAAUUCAGGUCCUGAGCAUCAAAUAGAGAAUGUGACUGCUUCUAGAAGAAAAAUGGGGCUUCUAGAUAAGUUGCUUCCAAAAUUGAAGGAACGUGAUUCAAGGGUGCUGAUAUUCUCACAGGAAUCCACAAGUGGAUUUGUAAGCUCAGGAUCGUACUCAUAGAAUUGGGCAGAAGAAAGAAGUUCAAAUGUUCCGAUUUUGCACUAAGGAAGGUUGUACUACUGAUGUAACAGUGAGAACCCAAAUCCAAUCAGAAGCCAUGCAGUCUGGGCUUGCAAUGCAACAUUUAGGUGAUAUUUUGCUAGAGCAUGGUCGCACAAUGCCAGCAUUGCAUAUUGGAGAGUCUCCCGUGGUUGGAAUUGGACCUAAGGUUGGUUGUUGAUAUAGGAAUAGUGGGUGCACCAAAUGCAGGAAAAAGAAUAUUUUAAGUGUUAUUACUGUUGACAUGUAGUGUUGUUUGUUAUGUAAUGUUAGGUAACUUGUUUGACAUGUGAUAUCUUUUUUAAAUGAAUUAUUGUUCUUAUGUAUGGUAUUUUAUUUUGGAUGAC